AUGCAUACAGAACACUCGAUAGCUUCUCAGAGAAUGCUCAAUGGCGCAAAUUUCAUAUAUUCACCAUCUUACCCGAAAAGCGAGGUUGGUGGGAACCGGUGUGCAACUCCUGCGGAGAGUUCCGGAAGUAAUUUCACCUCUACCAACGCGUUUGACACGCACUCGAACAUUCAAGCAUCGGGUGAUCAAACUCACCAGAAUCAUCUAGCCGACGCACAGCCAAUUUCUAAUAAGCGAAACUCCAUAUUACAAAAGGUUGUGCAAGGAGCCCGAUGGAGUAAGGGAGCUGUUGCUCGCCCUGUUUCCAUCCAAGCCGGUACAGCUACACCACAACCACUUCACGGAAUGAAGCUAUAUGCGUAA